CGGGACGGCCCGGUCAUGGCGGCGGGCCGCGGGUGGAGGCGGCGGGCGCUGCGGCUGCUCACGGCGGGCGGCGGCGUCCUGCUCACCCGCUUCCCCUUCUGGCACUGCUUCAGCGGGCUCCUGCUCUGCGCGGAGCGCGCCGACCUGCGCCGGAAGCCGGACAUCCCGGUGCCCUACCUGUACGUGGACAUGGGCGUGGCCGUGCUCUGCGCCAGCUUCAUGUCCUUCGGCGUCAAGCGGCGCUGGUUCGCCCUGGGGGCCGCGCUGCAGCUGGCGGUGGCCACCUACGCCGCCCACGUCGGGGGCCACGUGCACUACGGCGACUGGCUCAAGGUGAGGAUGUACUCGCGCACCAUCGCCAUCAUCGGCGGCUUCCUGAUCCUGGCCAGCGGCGCCGGGGAGCUGUACCGGCAGAAACCCCGCAGCCGCUCCCUGCAGUCCACGGGCCAGGUGUUCCUGGGCAUCUACCUCAUCUGCCAGGCCUACUCCCUGCAGCACAGCACCGAGGACCGCCUGGCCUACCUGGACCACCUGCUGGGGGGCGAGCUGGCCCUGCAGCUGCUCUUCCUGCUCUACGGGCUGCUGGCCCUGGCCUUCCUGUCGGGCUACUACGUGCGGGCGGCGGCGCAGGUGCUGGCCGUGCUGCUGCCGCUGGCCAUCCUGCUCAUCGACGGCAACCUGGGCUACUGGCACGCCCUGCGCCGCGUCGAGUUCUGGAACCAGAUGAAGCUCAUCGGCCAAAACGUCGGCAUCUUCGGGGCCGUGGUCAUCCUGGCCACCGACGGAUGAGGGGGAACGGGGGUAAAGGGUGGGGGGGUUUU